AUGGCUGGGCAGCUAGGCAGCGGAGGCAGCGGCGAUUUUCGGCGACGGUGGGAGCCGACGGGGCCACAAGGAGGUCGACGACGGGGAGCAGGAACUGGCGGGAGCGACGAGGCCAUUGCGGGCUGCUGGCGAAGCCACUGGUCAGGGCGGCAGACGGCCGGCGGGGGGGUUGGGAGGGUGAUUCAUGAGGGAGCUACUGGGAGGCCGGCGGGAGAAGCCGGCGGCGGGGGUCGGAGCUGGAGGGCGGCAUGGGUUGGAAGCCGAGGACGGUGGGGGCCGGAAGCCAAGGAUGGCGGGGCCCGAGGCCUGACAGAUUUGCAGUAG